ACACUUCCUGUCUUCCUGCUAUCAUCGGCCGAUUCUUUGCUUCGGACGGACGUCAACAACUAACCGGCCAUCCAAGCCCACAACAACACAGCACUCGAUCGCCGGCCGAAAAGUUGCACCUUUCAACGCCGCGCAACAAUCGCAAACUUUGAACUUUUCAAUUCUUCACGCUUCACUCGUCGAUAUCGUCCACACGCGUUGGUACUUUGUAAGGUGUAAGCGAUUGUAAACUUGGUUGCUGGCGUGUGACAAAGGUGACAGGUACAAGUACAACGCAGGACUUUGUUGUUUUUGUCGCGCCUAAAGUGUGGUGUGCGUGUCGUGUACUCGUGGUUGCUAAUUAGCUCACUAAACGCCUUCAUUAGUGAGGUGUUUGUUGUUCGUUCAGUGUGCGUGCGGUUUUUCUUCGGCCAGCUUUUCAUGUGACGAUCAAUUAUUAACAUUCCGUUGCUAAUUGCUUCCUAGAAAAAAGUGUCCACUGCGUAGGAAGAUGUACGAAAGUUCGUGUUCGUACCAAGGUGCAUUGGAGUUGAAACGCGGCAGCGGCGGCGGCGGUGCGACGGCGGCGACAUGUCCGCUCGGCAUCAAGAGCGAGGAGUUCGCCACAUCCGAUUGGCCCGCGUAUCGAUUCUGCAAUCCGAGUACCUUUGAACAACUCAAGCAAAGUGUAGAAAAAGCUAAAGCAGCUCUACAGGACCGAAGUGGAUUUCUUGGUGCCGGUAGCGCAUUCAGUGAUCUCUAUGGUGGAGUGGCAUCCACAACAAGGGCACAGGAUUCAAUCCAGGAUACUACCAAUCGACUUAGGGAUAGUGACACGCAUGAUUUGAAAAGAUCUUCUCAAGGUUUGGAUAGAAAUGAGAAAUCCAGCAGUCACGGACAUCUAUCAUCCCCCAAAUCAUACAACAGCAUCACCGAGAGUAUUUCGGGACGGACGAAAUGCGACACUUCAUAUAAGGGUUCAUGGGGGUCACAUGCUACAUCACAAUCACAAGGCUACGGCUCGAACACACUCAGCGGCAUGACGAAAGCCUCCUUGGAUCCACACGGCCACCUUCGGCAACCAGAUCCCUACCAGAUGUUUGGACCAACAAGUAGUCGACUUGCUAGUUCUGGUUCGGGACAAAUCCAACUGUGGCAGUUCCUCUUAGAAUUAUUAAGUGACUCUUCAAAUGCCGCAUGCAUCACCUGGGAGGGCACCAACGGCGAGUUUAAACUCACAGAUCCUGAUGAAGUUGCGCGUCGCUGGGGUGAACGCAAAUCCAAACCGAAUAUGAACUACGACAAAUUGUCCAGAGCACUAAGGUACUACUACGACAAGAACAUCAUGACAAAAGUGCACGGCAAGCGGUACGCCUACAAAUUCGACUUCCAGGGCCUCGCCGCCGCCACCCAACCCGCCACCAGUGAUCCAGGCAGCUACAAGUACCAGAGCGAGCUGUUUAUGAGUUCUUAUCAUCACAGCGCCAAGCUCGGUGGCUUCAUGAGUCCACACGCUACUAUUCCUAGUUCAGCUGCCGCUUCAAUAUUCCCAUCGCCUGGAUCGUAUUGGAGCAACCCGAGCGCGAACCUCUACUCGAACAUUGCCGCCAGCACACACUCGAUAGGCCACCAUGCCGGGCCGCACCUGGGCGCGCCGCCGCUCAGCUCGUACCCGCAUUACGCCUGACCUGCCGCGGCGGCGAACCACGGCAUCGGGGAGACGCACCACGAACUCUCCACCGCCCACACACCACCCACUUCGGUGGCGGCUGCGGCGGCCGCCGACGAGUGGUCGCGACGUCUGACUGGCAGCAUCAUCAACUAGCAGGUGUGCUUUUCUUUCGAUGUCAGUAUGUAACUAAUUUUAAACGUAAACAUAUAUCGUGUGUGAUUUAUCAGAACCUUGGAAAAAAUGUAUGUUGGGUUGCAUAAAUGUCACACGAUAUAGAUUGUAGUAAUAAGACUAAUUGGUUGUAAAUAUUUGAAAACUAAACUCAACAGAACAUGAAUAGACAUUAAUAAUUUGCCAAUGGUAGAAGGAAACGUCGAUUUCUAGUCACUAAUAAACAUUUUUAUGGUGCAAUUUUUAAAAUAUCAAGCGUAAUCUAAAUUUUAGACACAGUUUUAAACACGGUUUUAUUGUAAAAAUGACAAAACUGCAUCAUAAAAAUCCAGCGUUAAAUUUCGUGCAAUUUUUGUUUCACUUUUUCUUUUAAAUAAGAACACUCUGUAUUUAUUUAUUUAAUUAUACUUAUUUAUUCGAUUAGUAUCUAACAGAAGUAACCGUAAAAUGGUGGCCUGUGAUAUAGAGAAUUAUUUAUUUAAAAACUAACAAAAAAUUAACAUGUAGAAGCGGUGCGACUGAUUGACAAAGCAAAACAACAAAAAACAAAAGGAAAAUCUUAAACUCUUAACACUUUUAAAUCAAGAACAUAGUAGAAAAACGUUUUGUUUCUCAUAUCUUUCUAUAAGAUGACAAACUAAUUAACUAAAUGAAUGUGUAUGUAAAAUGUAAAAUAAUAGUCUGUAAGAAAUUGUUGUACUAAUGGCUUUCUAGUUAAAAAAAAACCAACAGACAAAACAAAACAAGAUUCAAACGAAAAUCAUGUAAUUGUAGUUGUUUAGAGUGUAUCCAUACAUGAUAUUUGAUGAAACUAAUGUUAGUAGAGUCAUAAUGAUAAAAUUGAAACCAAAGUCAACGUCAAAGUCAAACCAAAGCAAAGAAAAAUAUCAUAAGCAACUAUGAAACUAAGUAACACAACUAAGUACUAAAUGCUAGUCAUGUAAAAUUACUAAAUGUCAAACCAAGUGUAAGAUUUACGAUUAAUUGAAACCUAACCUAUUUAUAGACCGUUUUGUUAUGCGCGUGCGCGCGCAUUGAGCAUUGACAAACAGAGGCGACGCGCAGAUGAAUGAAUAUUGAUAACAAACAAA